UAACUACAAACAGCGCAACCAGCUCCCUUCCGCUUUCAGAGUAGUCAUCUCACACCCAUCAAGAUGAAAUCCUUCGUGUGCAUCGCUCUGGUCGCCUUCGUUGCUGCCGCUCUGGCUUCGCCCACCAACGUGGCUUCUGCUACCGGUUCCAUUGGCUCCACGGUAUCCUUGACAGCUCAGGACGGUGAGGUGGAGGGAGUCGCCGGACAGGGAUUCGGGGAUCUGACCCGUCUUCGAAAGUCUGCCUACGGCGGAAGCUCCGGCGGCUACGGAGGCUCUAGCCUCCCAGCCCCUCCGUGCCCCAAGAACUAUUUGUUCAGCUGCCAGCCUAACCUCGCCCCGGUGCCGUGCAGCGCUCCAGCCCCCAGCUACGGAUCCGCAGGCGCCUACUCUUCCCCAGUGGCCACCUAUGUCGCACCCAACUAUGGAAUCCCCCAGCACCAGCAGCAGCUCUUCAGCGCCGCUUACGUGCCACAAACCUACGGCUACCAGUACUGAGUGGUAGGGCCUGAUAUCUAUGAUCCCUCUGACUCAUAAUUGAUUGCUGAGAAACACAAAAUAUAUUGGAUUUCAAAAAAUAUACCCAACAAUAUUUACUGCGAUUAAAUCACAUAAAAAAUUCAAA